UCUCUUCGCACCAAACCAAAAAAGGAAGACCAAUAAAUAAAAAAAAAAAGUCAUCAAAGAAAGAAAGAAAGAGCCAUGGACGCCAUCGAUUCCGUCGUCGAUCCUCUCAGAGACUUUGCAAAGGACAGCAUUCGUCUCGUUAAGCGUUGUCACAAACCAGAUCGCAAAGAAUUCACGAAAGUGGCGGUCCGUACAGCGAUCGGGUUUGUAGUAAUGGGAUUCGUGGGAUUCUUUGUGAAGCUCAUUUUUAUCCCCAUCAACAACAUCAUCGUCGGUGCCACUUAGAUAACCAGCGAAGAAAAAGAAGAAGGGUAGAAACAGCUUUCUUGUUUCAAGAAAACAAUUUCACAGUUUUUUUUUUUGGUUCAGAUACUCAGAAAGAGGAAACAUAUGUUAACCACACAUUUGAGAUCAGUUUCCAGUAAUUGCAUUUUAUUUUAUAUGUUA